CCAAAUGAAGGAGUGUUCAUGAAUGUCAGUGCAUUUUCAAUUGUGGGAAAUGACAAACUUUGUGGAGGAAUCAAGGCAUUGGAAUUGCCUGCAUGUCCCACACAAGGGGAAAGAAAAAAGCUGUUCCCCCGUAAAGUGAUAAUUCUUGUGACAAGUAUCACUCUUUCUACAAUUUUGUUGAUAGCAUGUGUUUCCGCUGUUUUUUACCUCAUCAAAAGGUCAAAACGAAAGUCUUCCAUGGAUUGUCCAUUAGGAAGUCAGUACCCAACACUCUCUUAUGCAGAACUUCAACAUGCUACCAACGGAUUCUCUUCAGCAAACUUGAUUGGUGCAGGGAGUUAUGGUUCUGUUUAUAAAGGAAUUCUCAACUCUGGUGAACAAAUUGUCGCUGUGAAGGUAUUCAAACUUCAACUACUUGGAGCCAACAAGAGCUUCUUGGCUGAAUGUGAAGCCUUGAGGAACAUUCGCCACCGCAAUCUGGUCAAUAUCAUCACAUCUUGCUCAAGCAUGGACUUCAAAGGAAAUGAUUUCAAUGCUUUGGUCUUUGAGUUCAUGCCAAAUGGGAGUUUAGAGAGCUGGUUACACCCAACUCAAUCUGUGCAGCAGGAUCCAAAGAGCUUGGAUUUGAUACAAAGGCUGAACAUUGCAAUUGAUGUGGCAUCUGCAUUGGAUUAUCUUCACCAUCAUUGUGAAACAGCAAUUAUUCAUUGCGAUCUAAAGCCAAGCAAUGUUCUUCUUGAUAAUGAGCUCUGCGCUCAUGUGGGUGAUUUUGGUCUAUCAAGGUUUCUUGGAGCCGCAAGAGGUAAAACCAAUCGUUUGCAAUCUAGUUCUUCAAUUGGGAUUAGAGGAACAAUUGGUUAUGUCGCACCAGGUAAUGUUCUAUCACAUAAUUAUUGCAUAAUUAUAUACAUCUCCUUUUGGUACAUACUCUACGACACUUGAAACU